CGAAAAUAUGAGGUUAAAUAACAGUGUUGUUGUUUACCUGCCUUUAUCUAUGGUUUACUUGUCUUGUUUAUUAAUUAACAACCCCUGAAAAAAGGUGAAAUUUGCAUUUUAUAACCCAAUUAUCAGCGCUCAGUGUCAAGACAGUAGUUAAUAGAGCCUCUAAAGUAAUGAACUCGAGUUUUGUCAGAGGAACUUGCAUGGAAAUGUGCUCAUCGGCUGAAAGAGUUAUGAGAAGAAAAGAAGGAUUAAUUCAUCCUUUGGAAAAACCACCCGAUAAAACCAAAAUGAUAAAGUCAUUCUCCAGAUCAGCAGCUGGUAAAAACCUGCUUGAUGCAAAAAGUCUGCGACCGCCUGAAACGUUGCUGAAAACCGUGAAUUAUUUAUUGACUGAAGUAAUAAAGAAUGACGAGGUUCCAUGGCAUGUCACUUAUGAUUUUGUUAUGGAUAGAUUGCGCUCAGUGAGACAGGAUAUGGUGAUCCAAAAUCUCUCGGCAAAAGAAUCAAUUUACAUUUUCCAGAAAAUCGUUAGUUUCUAUGCAUAUGCUGCAUAUCGAUUGUUGAAUGAACCUAUAAAAAACUUCGACCCUCACAUGAACAACGUUCAUUUGCAAGAGUGUUUAAAAAGACUGCUUUGCAUGUUUGAUGAAUGCAAUGAUAAUUUAUAUGCGAAAAAUCGACCCCACUUUGAAGCGUUAUAUGUGGUGAUGAAUCUCAACAGUGCAGUUGCUGUUACUAGAGCCCUUAAAUUGCCAAAAUCGCAAAAGACCGAAGACGUUAAACUGGCCAUACUACUUUCAAGGAAUUAUUUUGGAAACAAUUUCGUUAAGGUCUGCCGUUUGAUUCCACAGUUCUCACUCUUGUUGCAAUGUGUGAUUGCUCUACAACUUCCUGAGAUACGAAGAAGAGCUUUGCUGGUAAUGUCAGUGGCGUACAGCAGCAAGCAAUUGUGGUUCCCAUUGGAACUCCUUCGGAAAAUAUUACUUUACAAUAAAAUAGAAGAUAUUAGAGACGACCUUGUGUAUUAUGAACUGAAGUGUAAAGAAGCCCAAGUGCAAUUCCUGAAGAGCGAUUUUAAUCGAUCUAAAAUGGCUGUAAGUAUUUAUAUGGACGAUUUGAGCAAAACAAGCACAAACAAUAUAAAUCUGGAAAUAUCUGCUGUAUUACACAGAGCUGAAACUCCUACACAAGAAAAUCGUGAAACUUUUUCACAAUAUAAAUAAUUGAAUGUACGACAAAGCGAAUGAAUCGCUGUUCAACAAUAGUUCCUUUUCAGGUUCCGGCUAAUUAUCUGGAUUUUAUAGAUAAAUCAAUUGCCGCCACCAAUGUGGCUGUUCUUGUGUUAAACGAACAAUAACUGUAAAGUACCUGUACUAUUAAUGUUAAUUUUGAAGUAUUAAAUUAAUUUUUUACAACUAUUUGCAUUUUUACCUUAAAAACUCUCAGGGUCAGAGUUUCCCAAACUGUGUUCCGCGAACACAUUUACUUGACAUUUGACAUACCCAUUACUUCAUACGCCCUGCGACCCUUUUUAAGGUGUUAAAAAUAAAGUUUCGAUUUGAAGUGUGUUUUUUUGCUCAUAAAAAAUGUUGGAGACCAUUUUUUUCUUUAGGUGUUCAAAUAAAGCUCAGUAGAAAUCAACUCAAAAAUAAACCAAGUGUUCCGUUAAAAUUUAUUAGUUCGCAAAGUGUUCUAUUAUCAAAAAAGUUUGGAGAAACCCUGCUCAAGGCGCUCGAUCAGAAAGUACUGAAAAAUGUGAAAAUUUACAAAAAAAAUUCCUAUUUACAAAUAUAGAAAAUGGGAUCUCGGCAUACUAAAUUAAACACUCGCCAAUUUUGUCAGAUUUUCCAAAAAUUGUCCCGAAGUUCCCGAUUCGUGUCGCAAUCACUUUGUUUAUGAUCGGUGAUAUAGUUUUUCUCACUUGUUUGACUUGACAACUGAUCCGCAUUGACAGUAAACGUCAAAAAUUCAUAAAAUUUUUAAAGUCGAAUUUUUUCUUUAAAAGCACUUUACCGGUCGAGAACUUUGCACGAAACGAUUCAGACGAACUUACUUUAUCAAAAAUUGUUAAAUUUUGGGCACCAAAUGGGCAAAAAACUUCGAUUUUUACGAUUUUAUGAGGAGCGAAAUGUGUACUGCUUCACGUCAACGAACACCAUUAAACUGACCCCGUGAGUUGAGCUGCGACAUACUUCAUUGACUAGUCAAGCGGAGUUUUGAGACCAAUUAGGCAACAAAAUGUCAGAUUAGUUCGUAAGCGUGCAGUAGAAUUUCGUCUGACAUUAAAUUCCUCAAAUAUGACAAGUUGUUUAGAAAUUUAGCAAAAAGCCAUAGAAAUCUCCAAUUUUUCUUAUUUAUCGAGUUGAUUUAUGCUCCAAGUGAUAUUAGACACUUUUUGGGUAUUUCUUAAACGUAACUGAACUAAACAAACAUUAAAAAGUAUUAACAAAACUAUAGAAAAAUUGCGCCAAAAAUCGCAAAAACUCGAUAAAACACACACUUUCCCUAUAGAAUAAACUUGUCUAUUUCUAGUGCUGCUAAAGACAUUCAAAUUCCGGGGUUGAAAUGUUCAAAAUGAGCAAAUUUGCAGCAAAAUGUCAGAUUUUUGAAAAAUUUACAAGCAUUUAUCAAAAACUCAUCAAAACCAUAAAUUUCUCUAAUUUAUAAAGACAGUUGCGUCUUUCCAUUGCCGUUAAAGACAUUUUUCCAAUAAUUAUUUGAUUGAAGUGAGGAAAAAGUGAACAAAUGCUCAUGAAAUUCAACUAAAAUCAUGGUCAUCUUAAAUUUUACAUUAAAAUUGUAUAGAAAUUUGCCAAAAAAUCACCAAAUUUUCUCAUUAAUUGAGUAGAUUUAUAUUCUCCAAGUGAUUUUACAGAUAUUCUUGAGCAUCUUCUCGCUUGAAUUGAGCAAACAGUGAAAAAUAAAGUUUCAUUUAACAUCGUGAACAUAAAAUCGAUUAAGGCUCCCGAAAACCAAUAAAAUACACCUUGUAUAUUUUCUACCUGCCGUUAUGAUAAAUGCAUUUUAAUAAUCUGGUAGCGUCAGAUUCUUCUGUCACAUUUUUUGUUAAAAAAUUGAGUUCUGAGCAGUUUCUUAUGAGCACAAAACACUGGAAUGGAUUCUAAACGGGCCGCUGGGUGCACGCAAUGGAACCCACUGACUGUGCAGCUCUGAAACACUAUCAGGGGAAAAAAGCCCGAAGACGUGAAAACCCGCAGUUAGUCACCCAGCAUUUUACAGGUUGCAGCAAUAAAGGUCAGAUCCUCCAAAAAACAUCCCUGCCACCAGACUACAAUACUGCAGCUUUUGCUUCAAUUGACGUAAACGACCAAGCGGUUGGCUUAAGUGCUACAAACACUGCGGCAAAGAAUUACGGCAGUUUUUCCAAUCAACCUUCCAGAAGAGAUCAAUUGUCCACCCAAAAUCAAUCGGUUCAAAGCAGAAUAGCUCAACCAGGAACCAAAGCGGAAAAUGCAAUGAGAUUUAUGCAGUCUGGUUUAUUAUACACGUUGCAUAUGAUCAGGGAACCCGUAGUGGAUUAUCAGGAAUCAAGUAGCGUGCCCAGGAAUGAAGAAAUCACAUUCCUCACAUUGGUCACUUCGUUCUGCACUCAAGCAUAUACUGCGGCCAUCACCAUACUGGUAAUGCUAUGGAACUUGAUGCCUCUAGUGGACGGAUUGAUCUACUUCAUUCGCUUUCUUUUGGAUAAAGCGAUUGAUAUUGUAGAAACAGAAGACAACAAAGAUCGGGCCAUCAAGGGCGCCAUUCUCUUCGGCGAAUUAACCAUCGUCGUGUUCAUAAUCUUCAUGAUAGUGGCCUUGAUCUUCAUGCCAGUCUAUGUGCUGAUGGCCAGGCUAUUUAGCAAAAUAUUUUCCAUAUUAAUGUGAGGAGUAAUUUUAAUAAAAGUACAAGCAACUGUUGUCA